AUUUCGCAACUCCUUAUAGUCAGAGCCAUCCAUUUCAUUCGUGUGUGAAACAGCAAGCGUGUAAGAUAGACGAACCGUUGAUCACAACACCGUCGAUCAAUGGCGUCGAUCACCAUGGCCGCCUCGUUCAUUGGCACCGUCAAUGUGUCUGAACGACCUUCGAUGAACCGUCGCCGGCUGGUUAUGGCUACGGCUACUGAAGCUGACCACAUUGAGAAACCGAACCGUAGCGGCUCUAGCACACGAGCUAACAACAGCAGGCGGGACGUGAUGUUUGCAGCAGCAGCUGUGGCCAUAUGCUCAGCUGCAUGUGGCCAUGAUCUGGCCAUCGCCACUGAAGGUCCCAAGCCAGGGACCCCAGAAGCCAAGAAGAUCUAUGCACCUGUCUGUGUCACCAUGCCGACGGCUCGUAUCUGUCACAAGUGAGCCACCACACAUGUCCAGACCAUGUUAUUAGUGUGUGUAUCUUAUCUAUUGCAAGCCUUGUAAUUCUUGUUCUUCACUAGAAAAUGCUCAAAAAGCGAUGUCGCAUGCA